AUGGAAGCGCCAGAUUACGACUACCAACAGAUACCUUCUUCAUUAUCUCCUCUGGCUCCUGCUAUGUCUUCCGCAACUAAUACUCAUCUCCCUUCAAACAAUGUAAACAUAUCCCCAGCCCAACCAUCACAACAACCUCCAAACUCAUUAGACAACCUACAAAACACCUCUCUAUUAAUGGUAGACUCCCAAUCUCAAGUUCUCGUCAUGGGCCCCACUUCUACUACUCUUCCGCAUCCUUCUCAAGUUUCAACACAACCUACCGUUCAAAUGUCAUCAAUACCAAACGAAGUAUCAAACAACGCAUCUGACUUGGCUAUAUCAAUGCCUGUAUUGGUCGUCAAUUCGGCUCAACAAAAUCAACAACCUAUCUUACCCGCCGAUCCACAGCAACCUAUGGUUAUUCUUAUAGACGGAGCUUCUCAGAAUGCACAGCAAUCGCCACAAACCGUGCAAGUUCCAACUAAUGAACAAGUAGCUUUGAUAGUAGACCCUUUUAGUCUUACUGAACCCAAUGGACAUAUGGACAUAAACAUGGCUAUGGCAAACAACAACCAAUUAACUGACAUGUCUCAUCAAAGUAUACAUAACGCUGCCGCUGCAAAUCAACCUCAAUCGUCUCCUAUACAAAACGAAUCACAUGUUAUCAUGCAGGUGACGGAUGCACUAGUGAGAGCAAACGAUCAACUUGAAGUAGCCAAGUACAAAGUUGCCCGAGCUGAACUAGUUCAACAGGCUCAAUCCCAGUUGCAAGCUCAUCCUGUCGAAAUUGUACAGGCACAUAAUCAAGUAAUACAGGCGAAAGCAGAAUUCGUGCAGGCCCGGAAUCAAGUAAUACAGGCACAAGUAGAAUUCUCCCAGCCAUUAGGUCCUGACGAGGUCCGCGAAAUUCAACCCCCAUCUGACCUUCCUCCUACAUCUACAUCUUUUACUACUUCUGCUGGGACAUCUCCCAAUGCGCCACCUCCGCCAGCACCCCAACCUGUAGUUCCCUCAUCUCAGCAAAUUGUCGACUCUUUACCAUUUACCGAAUCUUCUCAAAUAAACCAAAUUACCUCAAUGGCCGACUUGCAACCCGUGAAUGCCCCUCUAACUAUUCAACCGGAAACGCUAAUGCCCCACCAACGGCUCGGAGAUCUGAUUCAGAACCAUCAUCUUAUUCAGGCACCUAACCCACAAAACAACAACGGAAUUGCACCAAAUAACGCCGUCAUAAUACCUAAUCCGAACGAGAUGUUGGGUCAAUCCAUGAUCACCGCAUCAGCUCCCAUGGUAUCAGAUCCUAGAGGACCGCAGCAACGGCAGGGAAUUGAACAUAUGAUGACUAUACCUGGUAUGGAUAAUAUGAUCAGUGUUCAACAUAUGCAAUUGAGCGACCCCACCCAUACAGGGUUGCCCACCCUGCAUUUCUCGUCGUCGGCUGGUUUGACAGCUGGUAAUAUGUUUUUGGUAAAUCUAGAUGAAUCGAAUCGGCGACCUUCUGUGAGUGCACAACAGGGACAAGGACAGCCUGCAACGACGAUAAGCAUGUCGACUUCGGCAUCACCGGCAACGAAGGGUACAAACUUGAUAAUCAAUGUUGGUAAUGUUGGUAAUGUUGUAAUUGAAUCUUCUCCACAUCAACAAGGUCUAAGCUUCCUUAACGAACAACCUGGUAUGUUAACUGCUGAGGAAAGUAAGCAACAGCAACAGCAACAGCAGCAACAGCAGCAACAGCAGCAACAGCAGCAGCAACAGCAACAACAGCAGCAGCAACAGCAGCAACAACGGCAGCAACAACAGCAGCUUGUCGUUGACCAAGAUUUUAAAGACUUGCUAUGUAAUAACGCGUUGCAAAAGCUUGCAUGUAAUGAUAUAAAAAACGUAAAAAUAGAGCCAAGGUCAUCGCCCGAGCCAAUGGAGACUGAGCCGAAUCCUCAGCAGAAACGCCAGCAACAGGAACACCAGCAACAAGAACACCAUCAAAAAGAACACCAUCAAGAACAGCAACAGAAGCAUCAGCAACAGGAGCAGCAACAACAGGAGCAGCAAAAGCAGAAGCAGCAACGGGAGGAAGAAGAGCAACGGAAACAAAAGCAGCAACAACAGCAGCAACAGCUGAAGCAACAGCAAUCUUCGCCUAAUCAAGAACACAAGUCUCCUCGAUUGCAAGAGAACAAGUCCCCCCAACAAUCCACCUCUGAUGUACCUUCAACCGCUGUUAGGAAAGACUCCACAACCUCGAAUAAUAGGGAUUCGUCCAAUUCUGCAGAUUCUCAUACAGGAAACAAUCACUCGGCAACUGGGAGGUUAGAGAAUUUAUCUAGAGACGAGAUUCUCUUUAGGAUUGGGAAAUAUGAGCAUGAUGAUCUCACAAACGAUCAGCUACUUGUGAAAUUACGUGGAUUAAUGCGAAACAGUAGAGACGCUAGUGGAAAGAGCAUGAACGAGAGGAAAAUGUCGAGAUCGACUUCUUCAAGACGGUCGUCCGAUUCCGAUGCCACGCGAACAGACGACUUGUACCCACUGACUCCCGUUGAUCCAAUGGAAGACGUCCAACCGGUCUCUUCCAAUAUAACGCGUGGUGGCCAAACUAUGGCUGACGCGACUUCAGGAACUUCCACCAUAGGCUCGAAACAAGAAGACGACAACGGAAAGGACUCUCACAAGUGUCGUUGGAGAAACUGCACGAUGGCAUUCCCAACGUUAGAGUCCUUAAUAGAGCAUGUUGGGGAAGCGCAUAUUGGAAGUGGAAAGGCAACUUACUCAUGCAAUUGGGAUGGAUGUACGCGAGGACCAAAACCUUUUACGAAACGUCACAAGAUGUACAACCAUCUCAGGACCCAUACAGGUGAAAGGCCGUUCGUAUGUGACAAACCAGGUUGCGGAAAACGAUUCUCGCGUCCGGAUUCGCUUACUACUCAUGCGAAAACACAUUCGAAUGUACGACCUUUUGUCUGUAAUCAUAAAGGUUGUGGGAAGGCGUAUUAUCACUCACGGUCACUGAGAAAGCACGAGAAAACGCAUGAUCAAAGGUCACGAGCACAACAAAUCCCGACGGUCAAUCAUGCUGCGCCAAUUUCCAGCCUACAUAUUAAUUUUGCUCCACAGUCAAGAAUGUUCUCAUCGUCACAUGGAGGUACCGGUGCACAACCAUCUUCGAUGUAUGCUCAGAGACCACCUACAUUUGAUCCGGCCUCGGGUGGAAUGACGAAUGGGCCAAGGGAUAUUCGUCCUUCCGGACUACCUGCUUCAGCGCACCAUUUACCACCUUUACAAUUACCGUCGACCGUGCCAACUACAACGGGAGGUAAUGGACCAUUCGGUUAUGGAAAUUCGCAGCCGCAAAAGUACGUACCACAGAUUCCGUCGCCGACGAAUCAUGCAAGAUCCGCGAAUUUCCCGUUCCACCAGCAACAGUUGCAAACCCCGGAAAUG